AUGCCGUCCAUCAUCCUGGAUGAUGCCGACCGGCUCCGUCAGCGUUGGACGGAGCUGGUCACCGACGUGACGCCUUCACACCUCCCCACGGGUCUUUUUUCGAAACGGCGGACCAAAUCUCGCUUGGGGAAGUUAGAGAUCGACCUCGAUGUAUCCCUGAUGCAAGCAUGUUCUCAGAAGCACGAUGUGUCUGCCUUGGAUCUUGUCCAAGCGGCAUGGGCUGCCAUGCUGCGCUCCUAUUCUGGCUCCGAUGACAUUACUUACGGGGGCAUCGGUCUCCAACCCUUCAACGUGAAGCAACAAGUGACGGACGCAGCUCUGUGCCGGGUACGGCUGGAGCCAGACGUCUCCAUUCUCUCGAUUCCACAGCAGACCCUGAAAGAAGGGCCACAAACCGCGGACCUGCUGCUCCCUUUUCCAGAAGCCUUGCAGGUUCUCACCAGUCUGGACCCACAGCCGUGUAAUACCGCAAUCUGGCUGCGGGACUCAACUUCCAAGGCUGAAAUCUCUGAGAAUGAGAUUGUCGGCGACAAGACUUUUGACUACGUCCUACAGAUUGAUCCCUCUUUAUCCACUCUAGACUUAAUAUACCACAAACCCACGGUCUCGCAAGCCCAGGCCGAGUAUAUCGCUAAUACCUUCGCCGAUAUCCUACAUACUGUCUGCUCUGAUCCCUCCAAGCCGGUGUCCACUCUGUGCCACCCAAGUGAAUUGGAUACGCUUCAGAUUGGAGCGUGGAACCGCAUCCUUCCGAAGGGGAGUGCAGUGUGCGUCGACCGUUUGAUCGAAGAGGCUGCACAGCGUACCCCCAAUGCCCCCGCCGUCUUCUCAUGGGAUGGCCAGAUGACGUACGCCCAGUUCAACCAGACCGCAUGCCGUGUAGCAAACUAUUUGGAGUCAGUCGGCGUGCGUCGGAACCAGCUGGUUCCAGUCUGUUUUGAAAAGUCCCGCUGGACCAUCAUCACUAUGAUCGCCUUGUGGAAGGUCGGUGCCGCCUGGGUGCCUCUAGACCCACGCCAUCCACGCCAGCGUAUCGAGACAAUUGUCGAAAGCGUAGAGGCCCCGACGGUCAUUACCUCCGAGGCCAACCAGGCGCUGCUGGCCGGUAUCGCCCCGCAGGUGAUCACAGUAGACGCCGCUCUCAUUGAGACGAUCGAGACGAGCUCGGAUGUCGAGUUCGAGUCGCGAUCGCAGCCACACGACAUCUCUUUUGUCAUUUUCGCCCGCUCUCUCAGGACAGAGGAUGCUCCUACCUUGAAGACACUCAUCCUGGCUGGUGAAGCAGUCGCCCAGGACAUUAUUGACCGCUGGGCUGCCGUCGCUCGCUUGAUCAACAUCUACGGUGCCAGCGAGUGCUCGGUCUGUAUGAUCGGACCCAUGGUCACGGACACACCGCGCAGCUGCAUCGGCCGAGCUGUCGGCGCUCUCUCGUGGAUCGUCGAUGCGAACGACCACGACCGGCUGGUUCCGAUCGGAGCAGCAGGAGAGUUGAUUAUGGAGGGUCCCACCCUGGCGCAUGGCUACCUGGCCGACCCCGAGCGUACCCAAGCCGUCUACAUCAAGGACCCCAAGUGGGCACAGCAACCGGGCAUCACCCGGCAAUUCUACAAAACGGGCGACCUCGCUCGCUACGGCGACGACGGUAGGAUUCACCUGAUCGGCCGGAAGGACUUGCAGGUCAAGAUCCGUGGGCAGAGAGUAGAGCUGACCGAGAUCGAGGCGCACAUGCGCGCCAUCAACAACCAGGUCAAGACCGCCGUGUCGAUGGUGCACCCACAGGGCAAGGCCAUGCUGGUUGCCUUCAUCUCCAGCCAGAGUGGCUUCGGCCCGGAGUUCCAGCACCCCUUCCAUGCUACGCCUGAGGAUCAUCCCAACAUCGCGGGCAUCGCCUCGCAGAUGAACAGCGAGCUUGCGCAGAGACUUCCGCCGUACAUGGUUCCCUCUGCGUUCAUCCCGCUCGCGUACAUGCCCCUGACAGCCUCGGGUAAGACGGACCGACGCAUGAUCACGACCUUCGGCACCGGUCUGUCCUUAUCCGCGCUGGCGGCCCUCGCCGGAGGUACGGCAAAGUCUACGCGCACCAUGCCUUCCACUGCGGAUGAGAAGCAGCUCCAGCAACUGUGGUCUGAGAUCCUGCAUUGCUCGCCCGCGGAGAUCGGCGUGGAGGAUAACUUCUUCCACUUGGGUGGCGACUCCAUCGAGGCGAUGAACCUGGUGCGGCGAUGCCGAGCCGAGGGCUACCAGCUCCAGGUCAGCGAGAUCAUGGACAAUCUCGUGCUGCGCGACAUGGCCAAGGUGAUGGUGCCGGGUCGCUCCUCGACUGAGCUUCCACCUGCAAGGCCCUUCGAGCUUCUCGGCGACGACGAGGAGAGCAUCCGCUCGGAGGUGCAGGCUGCCAGUGGAUUCAAGGAUGCAGAGCUCAUCCAAGAUGCGUAUCCGUGCACACCGCUGCAGACUGGUCUAAUGGCUCUCUCGGCCAAGAUCCCCGGGUCCUACAUCGCCCGCCACACGCUUGAGCUGCCCGCAAACCUGAGCGUGGACCGCUUCAAGGAGCUGUGGGAGAUUGUCGUUGCGAACAAUGACGUGCUGCGUACGAGGAUGGUGGAGACGGACCGCUACGGCACCGUGCAGAUGGUCGGUCGUGACCGCAUCCAAUGGAGCCACGGUAGCGAGUUGGAGGAGUAUCUCCAGGCUGACGAGGCGAUCCCCAUGCACAUGGGUGAUGCUCUCACAAGACACGCUAUCGUCGCCGCUGCAGAUAAGACCUGCUUCGUCCUAACCAUCCACCACGCCAUCUACGACGGUCUGUCUUUGGAGAUGCUGUUCAAUGACCUCCUGGACGCUCUGCAGGGCAGUGUGCCCCCUGCGCGUCCGCAGUUCCGGGAUUUCGUCCAGCACGUGGUGGAGAAGAACAAUGACGAGGCCACGGAGAAGUACUGGCGGAACGAUCUGGCUGAAGGCGACUUGAUCGCGUUUCCCACUCUCCCCUCGGCUACGUAUCAGCCUCUCGCCAACGAGUUGCUCAUCCAUCACCUCAAGAUCCACCGCAAUGGUCCUUCGGACUUCACCACCGCGACUCUGAUCCGUGCGGCUUGGACCCUACUCCAGGCCCGCUACUGUGACUCCCCCGACACGGUCUUCGGCUGCACCGUCAGCGGACGCAAUGCAUCUGUUCGCGGUGUGGAAGACGUGGUCGGACCAAUCAUCGCCACGGUCCCCAUCAAGGCGCACCUCGAGCCCCAGCAGUCCGUCACCGACUACCUCAAGGCCGUCCAUGCUCACUCGGUGGAAAUGACCCCCUACCAGAACUAUGGCCUGCAGAACAUUGCCCGAGUCUGCAACAACGCUCCCUCUGCGUGCAGCUUCCAGACCCUGCUUGUCAUCCAGCCCGCCAGCUCGGUGCCCGAGGCCAGCCUGAUCCAGCCUUUCUCGGCCCCACGCGCGAGCUUCAGCACCGUGGCCCUCACGCUGGAGUGCAGCCUCUCCGCCAACGGGGGAGUCCUGGUGCACGUCCACUUCGACAACGCGGUUCUGCCCCGCGGCCAGGUGGAACGCAUCGUGCAGCAACUCGAGCAUGUCCUGCAACAGCUGGCGCAGGAGCCCGCCAGCCGCACGCUUGCCGACCUCGAGCUAAUCAGCCCCCGCGACAUGCGCGAUCUCCUGCAGUGGAACCGCACGAUCCCCGACGCCACCGAGGACUGCGUCCACAAUCUCAUCGCCAAGAACACCAUGCUGAAUCCGACUGCCCCGGCCGUGUGCGCCUGGGACGGCAACCUCACCUACGCCGAGCUCGAUCACAUCUCCUCGAAGCUCGCCGCCCACCUCAUGAACGCCGGGGUCGGGCCCGAGGUGUUCGUCCCGCUGUGCUUCGAGAAGUCCAUGUGGACGAUCGUCGCCAUGUUGGCGACCAUGAAGGCAGGUGGCGCGUUCGUGCCCAUGGACGCGUCGCAGCCGUCCAGCCGCAUGCAGCUGGUCGUUCAGGAGGUCAACGCGCAUGUGAUGUUAUGCUCGGAGGAGCAGCUGGGCCGGUGCCCGGGGCUCGUCGAGAAGGCGAUCGCCGUCGGACCGGGCAUGGCCCAGGCGUCGAUGCCGCAGAUGUCGCAGACGCCCGUGGCGCCGUCCAACGCCGCGUACGUGAUCUUCACCUCCGGCAGCACGGGCACGCCCAAGGGGUCGGUGGUGGAGCACCGGGCCUUCUGCACGGGGGCGCUCGCCCACAAGGAAGGCCUGCAGAUGGGGCGGCGCGUGCUGCAGUUUGCGUCCUACACGUUCGAUGCGAGUGUGCUGGAGAUUCUGUCGACGCUGGUGCAGGGCAGCUGCGUAUGCGUGCCCUCGGAGGCCGAGCGCCGCGGCAACAUCGCCGAGGCCAUAACGCGCAUGAACGUUGACUGGGCAGUGCUCACCCCCUCCUUCGUCAGCACCAUCGACCCGACCACCGUGCCCACCCUCGAAACCCUCUGUCUGGCCGGCGAGGCCAUGACCGCCACCCACGUCGCCACCUGGACCCCCUAUGUCCGCCUCGUCAACGGCUACGGCCCCAGCGAGUGCUGCGUCUGCAGCUCGUCCAACCGCCGCGUCGUGCCCGGCACCGCGCCCAACGACAUCGGCACCGCCGUCGGCGGCGCCUGCUGGGUGACUGACCGGGACGACCACAACAAGCUGGCCCCCGUGGGCUGCAUCGGCGAGCUGCUGGUCGAGGGCCACACGCUGGCGCGCCACUACCUCAAGAACGCGGAGAAGACCGCCGCGGCGUUCAUCCCGCGGCCCGCGUGGCUGCCCUGGUCGCGCUGCGAGCGGCUGUACAAGACGGGCGAUCUGGUCAGGUACAGCGCCGAUGGGUCGCUGCUGUUCAUCGGCCGCAAGGACACGCAGGUCAAGAUCCGUGGCCAGCGCGUCGAGCUCGGCGAGAUCGAGUACCACCUCUGCCUGCCGGCCGCGGUCUCGCAGGCGAUCGUCUCGUACCCCAAGAAGGGGAUCUACGCCAACAAGCUCAUCGCCACGCUCGAGCUGACCGCCACCACCGGUGACAAGCUCGCCCCAAUAGCUGCUCCCACGCUCGAGAAGACGGGCUUCGAUCUGCCGUCGCUAUCCCGGUCCAUGAUCGAGACCCUCCCCGCGCACAUGGUGCCCGUGAUUUGGAUCGUGGUGGAGAAGAUCCCCAGCUCGUCGUCGACGAAGAUCGACCGCAAGACGGUGGACACGUGGCUGGCGCAGCUGCCGGCGGACUUCCCGCCGACGAUGGGCGUGAAGCGCAACGAGCCCACCGUGUCCGCACUGCGGCCGGACGAGGGCAAGGCGCUGGCGAUCAGCCACAAGAUCGCCAGCCUGGUCAGCCGCGACGACGCCGGCGGCGGCAGUCCGCUGCAGGGCCACGACUUCAACAUCGCCUCAAUGGGCAUCGACUCGGUGCAGGUCAUCAGCCUGGCCAGCUUUCUCAAGCAGACCUACGGCGUCAAGGUCGACGUCUCACGCAUCCUGGACGGACAGAUGACCGUGCGCUCGCUGGCCGCCCUCCUCGACGCCGAGCUCACCGGCACUGCCCCCGCCACCGCAUCCCCGGCCUCCUCCUUCGACGCGAUGAAGGAAGCCACCGCGCUCAUGAAGUCAAUCAUCACACGCAGUCCCGUCAAGAAGACCGUCUUCGUCACCGGCGUGACGGGCUUCCUGGGCACACAGAUCCUGCGCCAGCUGUGCGAUCGCCCGGACGUCGGACGGGUCAUCGCGCACGUGCGCGCCGCGACGCCCUCCGAGGCGUUCAUGCGCGUCAAGGACGCCGCCGUGCGCGCGCAGUGGUGGGCGGACGACUACCUGGCCAAGCUGGACGUGUGGGCGGGCAACCUCGCGCAGCCGCAACUGGGCCUCAAGCCCAAGCAAUGGGCCUCCCUCACAGGCGAGAGCCCCAACGAAGGCGGGCUGGUGCACGCGAUCAUCCACGCGGGGGCCGCGGUGAACUGGAACGCAGGGACGGAGGUGUUGCGCGCGGCGAACGUGGACUCGACGGCGGAGCUGAUCAAGGCGGCAGUCAGCUCGCCGGCGCGGCCGCGGCUGGUCUACGUCUCCGGCGGGCACCGGUGGCACCCGGACGAGGACGACCGGGAGAUCGCGGCGGAGGUGGCGCACGCCAACGGGUACGCGCAGACCAAGUACGUGUCGGAGCUGCUGGUGAAGCAGUUCGCGGGGCGGUACGCGAGCCAGUUCGCGAUCGUCAAGCCGGGGCUGAUCCUGGGCACGCCGGAGGAGGGGGUGGCCAACACGGACGACUUCGUGUGGCGGCUGGCGUCGGCGGUGGUGGACGCGCGCUGCUACAGCCGCGACGUCGGCGAGAGCUCGUGGAUGUUCGUCACCAGCAGCACGCGCGUCGCCGAGGAGACCAUCCACCAGGCCUUCUGCCCCGCCGACGCCAUGCGCACCGUCACCUUCAUGACCGACGGCAUCACCGAGCGCGAGUUCUGGGACAUCUUCCACCACGAGCUGCAGUACCCGCUCCGCGCCGUGGACCAUGCCACUUACCUCGAGACCCUGCACCAGGCCAUCCAGCGCGACGCCACCGGCCAUCCGCUGUGGCCGGUGAUGCAGGUGUUCGAGGCGAUCGACGGCCGGCUCGGCGGCGGCGAUGUCCUGCCCGAUGCCAGUGUGGUGACCCCCUCGCAACGCCAGCAUGUCAAGGCCACCGUCCGCCGCAAUGUGCAAUUCCUGGUGGACGCGGGCUUCAUCGCGAGCCCCACGGGCAAGAAGAUGCGCUACAUGGCCGAGAAGGUGUUCCAGCGGUCGGGCAAUGUGUGGGAGAAUGUCAAGGGGAUGGUUAAUGGACUAGCUUAG